AUGACGGCUACUGAUCGGUUGGGAUUUACACUCACAGUCGUGCUUGCUGUACUUGCGGCGAGUUCUGUAAGUGCACUCCGUUGCUACACCUGCAACUCGUACGACAACUCGGAAUGCUUUGCACCACCGAAAAACUUUACCGAGGAGGAUCUGCGGGACAACAGUACCGUACCGGCCCGACUGCUGGUCGAGUGUCCACCCGAUGAGAUGGGCCGUGAGCCAUUCUGCAGGAAGGUGAACUUACUGGUGAUCGGUGGAAGCGUACCGGAUCAUACGCGCGUGACACGUGAGUGUGGUUACGACCGAGCUCGGCGACCCUGUUACAAGGUGGAAAACGGUGGCCACGAGGAACAGGUGUGCCAGUGCUUUACCGAUGGCUGCAAUGAAGGAUCACAGAUCACUGUGUCACGUGUGCUGGGUAUGGUGAUGUGUCUCACUGGGCUGGUGCUAGGAUUCAAACACCGCAUAGCGUGA